AUGAUGAAUCACUUCGUGGUUCUGGCAGUACUGCUCCCCUUGAGGACUUGCUACACUACCUACUCACAGCAAGAAUCCAGCGUGUUUCCAGUAACGUACCUUAACAUUUCCAAGGAUUUGGCUCUUCAGCGGCUGCUGGUGGAAUGGGACGUUAGUAAGUCAGCACACGAUGCUGAGCUGGCAAUGUCUUUUGAAAUACAAGUCCGUCGAACAGAUGAAACUAAUACUGUGUGGACAGAGUUUCAUAACGUCACACUUGAUAAAUCAGGAAAGCCUCUUCAUUGGCUAUGGAAUUCAGACUUACCUUUAGAGUGUAUGUCACACUCGGUGAGAAUCAGGAGCAAAGCAGAAGCAUCAAAAAUCUGGAGUCAGUGGAGUCUGUGGGAGACUGUCCUGGGCCUGGACACUUCAAAUAACAGUGGACCACAAAUCUUUCCAAAUGAAAAAAUUUUAGAGGAAGGCUCUGACAUCACUCUUUGUUGCAUUGGAAGUAAAGGUCAAAUCAUUAAGGAAUUCUUUAUAGUCCCAGCUGUUCAUGUUUUCAAUCACACAAACAGUCAAGUCAGACUUCUCACUGUGAAAAAUGUGGCACAUCAAGAAGUGACUCACAUCACUGCCUACUGUCAAGAGUCUUGCAGUGAAGAUCAAUGCUAUGAUCAAGUAGUUUUCAUUGUGGGUAAACCACCUGAUACACCUAAUGAUUUUUCCUGCCAAACUCAAGACCUGAGAAUAGUAACAUGUACUUGGAGCCAAGGAGGAGACACCUAUCUUUAUGGACGUCAUUCACCAAAAUACACCUUGUCUGAAGGGUUUUCCCAAAAAAUGGAUCUGUGCACAGUAAGUUGUACUGAGCAGUGCUCAUGUUCUUGGGAUAUAGGCCAGCAGAGGAUCUGUAAUAUCACAGUGACUGUGGAAAACCCAUUGGGAAAGAAAACUGCCAUGGAUGUUUUUGAUGUAACUCACAGAAUUUAUCCUGCUGCACCUUUCCAGCAGUGGGAAGAAUGCACAGAUACAGAAAUCACAUUAUAUUGGAAACAUCGAAACAAAGGAAUUGAACUCUUUUGUCAGACUGAAGUGCUCCAACCCGAUGGGAAAGUAGAACUG